AUGCGACGAUCCGAUGGCAUCAUGAGCACAAAAUAUUCAUGUUCGGUCCCUGAUACUGAUAUAAUCCCUAAAGAAGGAAGCGUCGAUAAACCAAUUCGAAAACGGUCCAAAGCAUCUAAGAAUGCACCCACAACACUCCUCAAUGCCAACACAACCAAUUUUCGUGCCCUGGUGCAAAAAUUCACUGGCUGUCGAAGUGCGGGAGCUUACAAAGGACCCAUCACCUUGAAUUUUGCAGUCCCACACAAUGAUUUUAAUGUAACUUCAACUACUUCCCUUCUUGGCUGCAAUUACUAUACCCAGAAAACUCAUGAGCAACGCCAGAGCUACCAGCAUCAACAAGAGGACGAGAAAUUUCAUGAAGAUCAAGGAGGUUUCUCUUCAUACGACACCGACGUUGUUAGUGAAGAUGCAUUUGUGUCAACUUUCAGCAACCCUACUUCGAAGGAGUUGACUUUAGACGAUUUUGAUUUUGACAACAUUCUUUUUCGAGAACUUCCUGGAGAUUAUUCCUCAGCCGGAACCAUGGUUAAUGAUGAUUUUGGGGGAUAUUAA